AUGACGAACACAGGCAUAUUUCGAGCAUCAAGCUACUCGUCCCUGGGCAAAAGGUUCUCCUUUACCAUUCUUCCGUCUUUCAUACAGCACAGAUUGCGGCCCUCGACCAAGGAACACAAGCCAUUGCAUCCGACAGGGUUUUUGGAUGGCAUGAGAGGCGUCGCAGCAUUCCUAGUCAUCGUGUUUCAUCUCGUUGUGUGCUGCUACGAUGCCAAACACGGCUACGCAUCAGGGAAGCAUGGUGAACAUCGAGAGCUUCUCAAGCUUCCCUUCAUCCGAAUCAUCUAUGCCGGUCCGACGAUGGUGUCCAUCUUCUUCGUCGUGUCGGGUUACGCACUUUCAUACAAACCAGUCAAGCUCAUGAGAAGCAAGAAUUGGCAGAGCCUUUCGCAAUCGCUAGCGUCGUCAAUUUUUCGUCGCGCCAUCCGUCUGUUCUUACCCUGUCUUGUGUCGACAUUCGUGAUCUCGUUGAUCAUCUGGUCUGGCUUGUAUAACACGGGUGCAGAGUUUGCAAAAGCAAGAGGCCACUACAACGUCAAACACAACCACAACUUCCCGAGAUACGACUCCUUGGCCGCUCAGAUGGCAUUCUGGGCCAAGGAGACAUCCACGAAGCUUAUAAAUCCGUGGUCGUUCACGGCAAAGAGUACCGAAGUUACCAUCGAUGGCCAUCUCUGGACCAUCCCAGUUGAGUUUCGUUCAUCAUUGGUGUUGUACCUCACUCAGGCUGGUCUCGCCCACCUGAAGAGCAACGUUCGCAUGGCUAUUCUCGUAAUGUUGAUCAUCUGGGUCCACCAGAUGGGCCGGUGGGAGAUGAUACUCUUCUACGGCGGUUUUCUAUGUGCAGACCUCGACUUCCAUCGUGCUCCCGCCUCGAAUCCGGCUCUACCUACCAGCGGCGUAACCACAAAAUCAAAGUCGAGCAGAUUGAAGUCUUCCAUCUACGUCUGCGCUUUCGUCUUUGGGCUUUACCUGGGCUGUCAACCCCAAAAGGGUGCAGACAAAACUCCUGGUUGGGUGACUCUCUACAGCAUGAUCCCAGAUCACGUCGGAAAUCCCAAGCGGUACUGGCCAGGCUGGGGCGCAAUAUUACUCGUCUGGUCGACCUCUUGCUACAAGCCGUUGCAACGUCUUUUUGACAAUCGACUUUCCCAAUACCUGGGAAAGAUUUCCUUCUCCUUAUACAUCGUCCACGGUGCUGUAACUCAUACCAUUGGUUUUGCGCUCAUGAACAGCAUGGAUGGGCUAAUAGGAAGAGAUGAUGCCAUCAACCGGGCCAUUGGUUUCGGCGUCGGAUUUGGUGCGACUUUGUUCUUUACAAUCUGGCUCGCUGAUUUGUUUACGAGAGCUGUCGAUGAACCCUCGGUCAAGUUUGCAAGAUGGGUCGAAGAUAAGUGUAACACCUCCUUAGACUAG